AUGGAACGGCUCAGACGGGAGGCCAAAAGUAAGCUUGAUCGGCAGUCCAGGCCACUGUACCAAUGCUAACGAUCAUCCAGGGGGCAAGCCCAGAGAACAAGAAAUCCAGGCUGGAAACAUUGGUUGACGACCUGAUCUUGCCCUUAUUGACGACUUGUCAAGAUAGGCACCUCUUACACUGCGAAGAAGCAGACCAAGGGGCAUCGGGGGACAUGCCUACGCGACUGAUUGAUCAUGGUUCAUCUGCCACCAGCUCGAUCAAGCUCAUUGAUACCAGAACCCAACAUGAAGCGGAUGUGGGCCAGGGAUUAUCUGGUCCUCUUGUAUCCCUAGGAUAGUCAUGAUCCGGCAAAAACCACCCGUGCCAACCUACCACACCGUCUGGAAGACUUGGAUGUGAGCGCAUUCCCGGCGGCAAUCCGGGACGCCAUCACUGUCACGCGGCUGAUGGGCAUCCGUUAACUCUGGAUCGAUGCCAUCUGCA